AUGAUGUCGGGGAAGGUGGUAAUGAGUGCUCAAAAGAAUGGAGAUAACAUUAGCGUUCAAGUAGAAGGUGCGAAAGAUGGCAAAAAGCAAACUCUGGAUUGUGAUGUACUUAUGGUUUGUAUUGGUCGACGUCCUUACACAAAGGAUCUGGGAGCGGAAAACGUUGGCAUCCAGCUUGAUGAGAAGGGACGUGUGCCAGUAAAUGAACGUUUCCAGACAAAGGUUCCUUCAAUAUACGCAAUUGGAGAUUGCAUCGCUGGACCUAUGCUUGCCCACAAAGCUGAAGAUGAAGGCAUUCUUUGUGUGGAAGGAAUCUGUGGUGGACCAGUGCAUAUUGAUUACAAUUGCAUUCCGUCAGUUAUCUACACUCAUCCGGAAGUUGCUUGGGUAGGAAAACCCGAGGAGCAACUGAAACAAGAGAAUGUGCAAUACAAAGUAGGCAAGUUCCCAUUUGUUGCAAACUCGCGUGCCAAGACGAACUUUGACACCGAAGGAUUUGUGAAAAUUCUUGCUGAUAAACAGACCGACAGGAUGCUUGGAGUACAUAUCAUUGGACCGAACGCUGGAGAAAUGAUUGCCGAAGGUGUCUUGGCCCUCGAGUACGGUGCUUCUGCAGAAGAUGUUGCUCGAGUAUGUCACCCUCAUCCGGUAGGUCGACCGUCUUUUCUCUUAUGCUCUUAUUGA